AUGGAUAAACCCGAUUGCAAAUAUGGUGCGAGCUGUUAUCAGAAAAAUCCCGCUCACAAAGAAAAAUAUGCACAUCCGGUGAAAAAUACAAAUAGCUCAACGGAGGGCUCAACUUCAGAAACGUCGGCUCUUCCGGAGAAUGGCACGAUCAACAAACGAUCUGGAGACGGAAUCGAACAGGAACUGGAGAACAUUAAACGAUGCAAACGUCCACCAACGCCAGAGAAAGAUGUGCAUAACACGGAAGCAGAAGACACUGGUUCCGAAUACCAUGGCAUGUCGCGUCAGCGCUAUACCUUGCCAGCGGUUCCAAUGAGCGUUGGCAUGAUGAGUGAUUUGUAUGAUCCACAAAUUGAAUAUUCCAAGCAAGCCGAGUAUAAGGAGCUGUGCGAAGAUCCAAGAAAUUUCAUCAAACACAAGUUUCUCGUUGAAAUGGCACCAUGUUUCCUUAGCCUGUGGGAGUUUUGUGUAGAACAACAGGCAAAAGCUAACAGCAAGCCGGAAGAGGUAUUUCUACCGUUCGGAUUACAGCUGGUGGGACCGUACGAUGCGCUUGCAGGAAAGUUUAAGAAUGUAAAAAUUCAUGAACCAGGAGACUAUUUACGCCAUUGGCGUUUCUACUUCGAUCCGCCUGAGUUUCAGACAGUAUUUGUUCAGAAAGGAACGGGCAUGCAUUACGGAUACUGGCGAGAUAGUCCGGAUGAUGUGGAUGGUUUGGUAGCUUGCAACGACGUCAACAAAGGUUGUGAGUUUCAAAUUGUUGGCGAAAACUUGUUCGAUGGGAUCAUACACUAUUUGGAAAACGUUGUAAAUGUCACUCCAUUUAACAAAAGCAAAAUAUCAGACAUGAAAAAGCGUAUCAAUGAUUGGGCUCAGCGAAAAGGCAUACGCUUAAAAGCUAACAGCAAGCAAAAGGAGCGCAACAAACACAUUGUUUGUAAAACAUUCCACAAGGUUGGGCUAGUUGUGCCGUACGACAGGAAGGAGGAUGUAGGGUACAGACCACUGCUUGAGAGUGACGCCAAACUCCGCAAAAUUCUGUCCAAGUUUGACAAACUUGACCGAUCGGUCGAUACGGACCAAUAUCAAGAGGCAAUGAAAGAUUUACAGCCGGUACUAACAGCUGCUCAUCUGGCGGUAGACGAAUGUGAUUUUGGAACGAUUCUUGAACUCGCGAUGGAUCUAUUCUGCUCUGGUGCGAAAUGCUUGAACGAGGUGAUGAAGCCACUCUUUUUUACCGGCUACUCUAUGGCUAAACGUCCACAAUACGUAGCCAUCAUCAAGUCUCAUUUGGAUAAGCGUACCGAAGGAAUUUGUUUGGAUCUGUUGGCGAACAAUUAA